AUGUCGUCGUCAUCAUUUCCAAAAAUUCUACCAAAAACGUCUCUUCAUUCGCAUUCACCAUCAUCAUCAUCAUCCUCAAUAUGCAAAUCAAAUUUUAUUUGGCGUUUUCCACCGAAAAAAUUCGAUAGCUUACCUAGUUGUAUUUCAAAACGAUCAUUCACAUCUAAUAUUCAACCAUUAAAUAUCAAUGAUGAACUUAUGAAGCGACAAGAAUUAGCUAUUCUUAUUUAUGAUCUAGGUUUACAUCUUAAUGUGUCGUUUACUUGCAUUUUCACCGGUGUCAUUUAUAUGCAUCGAUUUUUUAUGUUACACCCAUUUCAACAAUGUAUCAAAGAAUCAGUAGCAGCUGCAUGUCUUUUUCUUGCCUGUAAAGUCAAUGAAAUACCGCGACCAUUAAAUGAAUUUACUCGACAUCUAUGUCAACUUGUCAAUCAAAUAAGUAAUAGCAGUGAUAAUUUUUCAUCCACAUCUUCAUCAAUAGCAACAGCAGGAAAUAUUACAUCUGAAGGUCUUUCAAAUUACAAUCAACAAAUAAUUGACUAUGAAAACAUAUUAUUAUCUACUCUUGGUUUUUGUCUCAAUGUUGAUCAACCAUAUAUGAUUAUAACGAGAACUUCUCAAACAUUAUCAAUACCCAAAGAAAUAGCUCAGACAGCGUGUGAAAUUGCUACAAAAUGUAUUUUUUUUACUGUUUUUUCAAUGAAAUAUACAACGAAUUUAAUUGCCUGUUUUGCACUUUAUAUGGCUAUAACAUCGUCUCAAUUUAAUAUGCCAGACAAUCAAGAUGGAAGUCAAUGGUUUCAUUUACUUAACGAAGAAUUUACUGAAAAAUUACUUCAAGAACUUGUUGAUGAUUAUAAGUUAAUUUGUAUGGAAAAAUGUUUGAAAAAAUCUGAAGAACGUUUUGAACAAAUUCGACAGCAAACAAGAUUCAAUUGUCAACAAAUUAAAUCGAAAUCAAAUUAUGAACAAUCAAAUGUAACAACAUCGCAGCAUGAUAAUGAGCAAAAUCAUUAUGUAAAAGCGACAACGAUUGGUUCAGUACGGAGUACAACAUUGUCUUCAUCACUGAGUCAACAACAACAACCAUUAAAAUUUUGUGAAUAUAGGCCAAUGUCUGCAUCAAUAGAAACUCAUCAUCGUACGCCAAAUCAAUCAUCCUUAAUGAAUUUUUCUCGUAAUGAAUAUUCACCAUUGUCGAGACCAAUUGUCAAUUCACCAACGACAAUCAUUCAACCAUCAGUUUCACCAAAACAAAAUCAAAAUAAUAUCAGCGAAAAAAAUCAUACAACUAAUUCAUCAAUGAUUAUGUCGUCAGCAAAACCAAUUCCAACAUUAAUGACAUCAUUGAACUCGAAUACGAAUUCGUAUGAUAAUUAUGCUGCCUCUGGUCAACAUUUACGUUUUUCUACUCCUAUUCUUAAGUAUCCAUCUUCAUCUCCGAACCAACAAUUUUUUCGUCUGCCUGCACCAUCAUUGCAUGGUCAACAUUUUCAACAUCAAUAUUCUUCAACUUUCGCUAACAAUUCUUCAUAUUAUCCUCAACAGCAAACACCUCUCUUCUAUCAUCCACAACAAGAUCUAUCUAAUAUAAAUAAUAAACGAUACGGAGAACCUCCUGCACCACCUAUGAAACGUUUUCGAUAUAAUAUAAAUGCAUAUCAUCCCUAUUGA